AUGGUAUUCUCCAGCCAAGACUCCUCUAAGAAUAGUGACGACAGUGAGAUGGAUGCCACACUGACUGAAGUUGGCAGGCAACUCGGAGGACUCUUGGAUCUGCUAGGAGGUUCCAGCGAUUUGGCUUUAGCCGGUCUUGUGAUGGUACCUUUAAUGGCCCUUCUUGCAAUGGGUGCUCAAUCGUUGUUACCUUUCUUUGGAACGAACCUUGCCUUCAGGCGAGUCUAUUCUCCAACAGUUACAUAUCGAAAUAAACGAGAUUUGUGGGACAGAGCUGGGAAAGCGCUUUUGUAUGCUCGAAACUUGUACGACAUCAUGGCCGAAUUGGAAAAUACUUUUCAUCAGUACAACAUAGAGGAAAAUGAAUGUAAACUUCGAGCAAUCUGCGAGGCACACCGUGAAGGCCGUAAAUCAGUUCUAGGCAACUUUGGCGAUAAAAUUAUCGAACUAAUCAGGAUGGAACAUGAGCUGGAAGACACUGAGAUCAUUCCUCUGGCUAAAGUCAUCUUUUGGACAUACACGGAUGCUGCCCAGUAUGGAUUAAACAGACAGGCUGACUGUGAAGUUGUAUACAGCCGUUGUCCUCACACCGCCCAGUUCUUCCUGCAAACACAAAGUGAACAUAUGGACAAAGGUCAUCAGGAGAUGUAG